AUGGUCCGCACCCUCUCCCUGGCCGUGCCGCUAUUGCUGGCUGCAGCGACGUAUGCUGCCCAAUUAUCUCUUGCCAACCCAAAGGUGGUAAUCACCUCCUCCGAGGGAACCCAAACAGCGAGUGAACAGCUCUCGCUCAAAGAGGCUUUGCCAGAAACCCUCAACCUAGGCCAGAAGGAUAAGCUCAAGCUUACCUUCCAGGUCGUCGCGGAUGACGCUGGCGUGCAACCGCACCAAUCCUUCAUCCGUUUCCACGAUGCUACAACCGGCGAGGAGGGCGUUCAACCAGUGAAGGUCGGAUCCAAUGGCAAGGCCAAGUUCGAACUUGACAUGGCACGCCCUCCGAGCUCUUUACCGCCGACUAGCGACGCGCCACUCGCCGUUUCCUUGAUCCUCGGCUCGUUCACACAUGAUCCCGCGCGCUUUGAACUCUUCAACUUGGCUGUACCACCAUCGGCACCCGUCGUGCCUCACCCUGACGCGACGGCAUUUGCCUUGCGACCUGAGAUCACCCACACAUUCCGCCCAGAACCGAAGGUUCCUCCCAAGUUCAUCAGUGCGACCUUCGCUGGACUAGUCCUUGCACCAUGGGUCGUCUUGCUGGGCCUCUGGGGCAUCGUCCGCCCUAGCGUUCCGCGCUUGUUCAGCCCAAGCAUUGUUCCUUUCACCGCUUGCCUCACUGGGAUGGAGGUCAUUCUGCUGUGGUACUGGCUCGAGUUGCGCCUCGGCCAAGUCCUUCUAUAUGGCUUCCUUAUGGCGAUCCCUACCGUCUUCACCGGCAAAAGUGCACUCGCGAGCAUUUCUUCGGUGCGCACGGGAACGCAGUAG